UCGCUAAGGGAGAGGAGGGCAGCCAGAACGAGGAGGCACAAGUGUGGUCAGUCUGUCGUCCCUCCCGAACUGUGCCACGCUGGGGCGUGAUCUCUGCCUGGAGUGUUUUUGAGGAGCCAGAAGAGAGGACUGAAUUGCAUGCACGCUCCAGGAGCGAUGCCAGGGAGAAGAGUGGAGCUACAGUUUUUGCUGUUGAGUGGAGAAUGGGGAAAACACGUGCCUUAGUACUACAUUCUGCUCAGCCGUUACAUGCUUGUCUGAGCUGCUGCAAGGUGCCACUUUCUGCUGCUUUUCUCCCCUUUGUUUUCUUUGGCAGCUCCCUAAGCGCUGUAUCAAAACAGCUUCAGGGGAGCUGCGCUGGCACGGUGACCUACCUCCAUACUGGUGCUGGUUUAAAUGCAGCGAGAAGAAACCUGGACGGAAGUCGCACUGAAAUUGUUUAGCCUUCCACACAAACCGCUGAGAAAGGGGACAGGAACAAUUUCAGAAAGGUCUGUUUGGAACCGAGGCCAGUAGCUGGCUUGAAAGAAAAUGAAAAAGGAGUGUGUUUCGAGAUCUUUCAAACUCAAACAAAACCCAGGCUCCCUCUCGCGUGCUGUAAGCUGGAUAAAUUUCUCCUCCUUGUCAAGGCAGACAAAGAGGCUGUUUCGCAGCGAUGGUGAGCUCUCCUCCAUGUGCGUGCAGCAGGUAGACGAGGAUGACGAGAACUGGACCUACAGGAGCCAGCAGAGAAAAGCUGUUUCCAACUUAGAUGAAGAGAGUAGAUGGACCGUGCACUACACUGCUCCGUGGCACCAGCAGGAAAAUGUGUUCCUGCCCUCCUCAAGACCACCUUGUGUGGAGGACCUGCACCGACAAGCGAAGCUGAACCUCAAGUCAGUACUGAGAGAGUGUGACAAGCUGCGGCGGGAUGGGUACCGGAGCUCGCAGUAUUACUCUCAGGGCCCCACCUUCUCCUCAUCCUCCAGUGCAAUCUGUGGAAGUUACCAGGAUGAUUAUGAAGAAAUUGAACAAAAGUGUCCUGUCUCUUCCCCAGAGGAAGAAAAGCUUAUUACCAUCAAAAGGCCUAAAACUCCAGUUUCAAAUGAGUUAUCAGAUAUCAACACCCAAACCAACUGGACCAAGUCGCUCCCACUGCCAACGCCAGAAGAGAAAAUGCGACAACAAGCACAGGCAGUCCAAACAGAUGUGGUUCCUAUUAAUGUGACUGGGGAGAAUUUCGACCGCCAAGCCAGCAUUCGGCGGUCUCUAAUUUACACAGACACGGUGGUAAGACGGCCGAAGAAAGUCAAAAGGAGAAAGACUAUUACAGGAAUCCCUGACAACAUACAAAAGGAGCUAGCAGUUGGCACUGGCCAAAGUGAUUUCCGAGGGCAUUCGAUGUAUGUCCCAGAUCACUGUUCCACGCUAGGGAGACUAGACAGCUAUCGCUCUGCUAUGCAGCGCUCUGAAACCAAGGACACCAGCUGCCAGACGGAGGAAGUUAAAGUUGUGCCCCCUUCAAUGAGAAGAAUACGAGCGCAGAAAGGACAAGGCAUCGCAGCCCAGAUGUCUCAGUUCUCCAGCUCAUCUGGAAACAUGUCAGUGAUGAGUGAUUCUGCUGCAAUUAUAUUUGCUUCUCGCCAAAAUAGUGACAUAGGUUUUCACAGCUUGCCUCGGGCUGGUGUGAGAGUGUCUCUGCAGUCCCUAGAGCAGACACAGAGCAUCUCUAGGCAGACAGAAGACAUCGCUGGCACUUUACCCCACCAGAUAAGUAAAAUGGAAGUGGGUGAUAGUGUUGUGCAUCUGAGGAAUAAUUCCAUGACAGGGACCCUGUCGAGGCCAAAGUCUCAAGAGGUGAGAAGCUAUGAUAGCGAAAAGUCCGCAAGCCCAGCGUGUGUGGUCUCUCCUCAUGCCACCUACUCAACGAGCAUCAUACCCAACGCAACACUGUCAUCCUCUUCAGAAGUUAUCGUUAUUCACACUGCCCAGAGUGUUGGAUCAUCGGACAGUAAAAUUACCAGCUCCGCUGCCUACCCGAAGCCAAGAGACAAUCCUGUUACCAGCAGUGCAGUAAGUGGGAAAGAAGAUCACCAUUCAUCAAGUGGUAACUGGAGCGAGAGCAGCUCCACACGUCACUCUCAGACUUCAGAUACCAUCCCAUCUAAUACUGUCAUGAUGCUUUCUCUCGGUGACUCUGCUGUCUCUCUUAGCACUCCUGGAAACGCGGAGGCUGGGUCUCAGAGCAUGAGCUACAGCUGUAGGAACAAUCUUGCUUUACCAAACCCUUCCCAGGACAGCGAUGGUAGGAGUGAAUCUAGCUAUUCAGGGGAACGAGCACAAGCAGCAGUGAACAGCACAGAGCAUUGGUUGUACAAGUCUGCAGAAAACAGUGAGACUCCCUCACGCAAGGUGGUUUGUACCACACCAGGCUGUGCCACUCCUGGUAGCAACCAGAGCAGCAGCAGCCUGGAGAGGACUUCGGUCAGGGACAAUUCUACUUCUCUGUAUUCUGUGGACCACGAUGGUUAUUACAGUGCCAUGCAUAUGGACUCCGGACUGAAGUCAGACAUGCCAUGCAAUAGUAGUAAUGGUAUUGGGAACCCCAGAGACAGUGUGAUAAAUGUCUUUGAAGGAAAGGAGAAGAAACAUCAGGAUGACCAGACAGGUCAAGGUGACAAAUCCCUUGCAAGAAACAUCUCUCUGAAAAAGGCAAAGAAGCCGCCUUUGCCGCCAUCCAGAACAGACUCCCUCAGAAGGAUGCCCAAGAAAAAAGCCCAGUCCAAUGGACAGGUACUUGAUGAAACCCUCAUUGCCACUCUCCAGCAUUCUCUGCAGUUGAAUCUCAAGUGCAAAAAUGGCAGCUCCCCUUCCCAGAGCCCCUGUAGUGAUUAUGAGGAUCCCUGGGUGCUGCGCUCCCGCAGCCAAAGCUCGGUCAGUGCAAGCAGCAGCAUGAUGUCCACCACUGCUCCAAACCUGUACUCCAUCUGCACAGUCACUCCCUCUCAGAGUGAAACAAGUAGCAUCAAGUCGGAGUACGCUGACCAGUGGGGUUACUACAGCGACUAUGCCGCAGUGGCAGACGACCAGGUAAAAUCCCCAGUGACCCAUUCUGCCAGUACAUCAUCUGCUCUCAGCGAUUACAGCAUCAGCCACUUCAGUGACGGCUCAAGGGCUUCUGUGCCACAAGUGCCCAGUGGACUGGCCAAACCAAAGAGCACUUCUCCGGAGAAAUCCCACCGAGUCACAUCGCCAUCGAGUGGGUACUCCAGCCAGUCCAAUACACCCACUGCGCUUACUCCAGUGCCUGUAGUUUUAAAAUCUGCAUCAUCAGGAAAUGGGAAAUCCAAGCUGAAGCCUAAAGUGCCUGAAAGGAAAUCCUCUCUUCUGUCUUCAGUGUCCAUGUCUUCAUCUUCCACUUCUCUUUCUUCAAAUACAUCUACUGAAGGGAGUGUGAGUGUGAAAAAAUUGGACCCCACCCUGAGCUCUCCUCUGGAUUUUGGUGCACCUCCUCCACCACCUCCUCUUCCAACACCUCCGCAUUGCCCCGACCUUUCUCCUCCCCCUCCUCCUCCUCCAGCAGAAGUCACGGAUAUGUCACCAUUGCCAGCCUCUCCCAUAUUUCCCCCUCCUCCGCCAGAAGCUGAUGUAAAUUCUUCCUUUGCCCAGACUGUCCCAUGGUUUCCCCAAGAAGCCUCCAUCAGUUCGUUCUCUUCCCCUGUUCCUCCUCCUCCUACUUGCCCCUUAGCCGUCCCGCCACCAGCACCACCUCUUGAUCCCAAACUAACAAAAGGUGCAACAAUAUGCCCUCAGUAUUCUUUUAAGAAACGUAACCAGGAAGAUUCUUGCUACAGUCCAGUGAAACAGCCAUUCAACAAGCAAGAUGCAUCAAGACCUGUGAUGCCCUUAGUAACUACCAAAGCGUUGCAAAUGGUGCAGCUGAGGUCUGUGAAAAAAAUGACAGAAGGUGAACCGUCACCUGAAUCUGCUUCUGAAACCACCUCUCAGGAAAAAGGUACUGUAAAUUCAUCAUCACAGUCUUCCCUAAAGCCAUCUCUCUCACUAAGACUCAGUAACAGCUUAGGAGAAGAGGAAAUGAAAACUCAAGGCACUUCAUUUAAUAACUCAGUUCAAACACUAGCUCGGGGUUCUCCUCUCAUUCUUUCCGAUAAUGUACCUGCGCUUGACAGCGAUCAAAAGCCUGCAAGUGCAGUAGGGCUAAACAAGUCUUUCGAAGCUGAUGCGCUGGGGACAGCUACUGAAGACACACUUGAGUCUUCAGUGCAGAGCGAAGACCUCCAUUCUGGUAUGUCACUUCAGGGGUCACCAGCAUCUCCCGACAAGGCUCAGGUUGUAUUGCCAAGCAAGAAACCGCCUCCUAUUUCAAAGAAACCCAAACUGUUCCUUGUUGUACCACCUCCACAGUUAGAUCCUACCGUGGAGAAAAUAGCUGAAGUGAGCGAUACUGUCAGAAGCACAUCAAGCCCAACUAAGAGAGACGCUGUGCUUGCACACUGCGAGGAGGCGAGAAAUUGUCUUACAGAUGGACUCAGUUCUAGCGAGAUGGACUCUGGCAGCCUGGUUCCUGAGGGAGGAGCUGCCGGAUUCACCUUCUCUGAGACAGCGGGAGCUAAUGCCUUUGUGGUACAGCCUGCUGCAUCACCAGUUCAAGAAGAACCCAGGCAGGAGGAGCAGUCCGCUUUUGAUGAAGGAAGCAGUUCGGGCAGCAGCCAAGACAGCGGCAGUAACGCUGACGGGCACCUAUCUCAGGAGAACGAAAGCGUGGAGGUGUUUGAAUCGGAUACAGCAAAUAGUUUGUUCCUGCCGAGCAAUAGUUAUGGGGAAGAGACGGACGGAGUGGCAACACCAGCAAGACCAAGGACUACUGAGGAUCUUUUUGCAGCCAUUCACAGUUUGGGACAGAGGCUCAACGCUAAUGCUUCAUGGCAAGCGUGGCUGAAACUGAUCCAAAAGGAAAGUCCUUGGCCGUAAAGAUUCUGAAGACGACCGUACCCGCAACCAUUCUCCAUCACCCCCCGUAACUCCCACUGGUGCUUCCCCAACCUUAGCUACCCUCAAACAAGCUGGAUCGAUUCAGAGAAGCGUUCGCAAGAGCAGCACCAGCAACGACAACUUCAAAGCCCUGCUGCUGAAGAAAGGGAGCCGCUGCGACACCAGUUCCCGCAUGUCCGCAGCAGAGAUGUUGAAGAACACAGACCCGCGGUUCCACCGGCCAAAGACGGAUGCCUCCCCUGACCUUCCCGACAGCCCUGCCAGCUGCUCGCCCAGCAAGAGCAAACGGGCCCAGGAAGAGUGGGCCAAGAGCGAGGGCCUGAUGCCAAGGAGCAUGUCCUUCUCUGGCACCAGGUAUGGCCGGUCACGAACGCCCCCCUCUGCUGCCAGCAGCAAGUACAACGUCCGCAACCGCAUCCAGAGCAGCCCCAUGACCGUCAUUAGUGAAGGAGAUGGGGAAGUGGUGGAACAGUCAGAGGUCAGGGUCCGAAGGACUUUGGAAGAGCAGCAAGAGAGGCAGCUCGAUAUGUUUAACAGUGAUGAAAUGGACAUGAAUGACUUUCCAUAUGCUGAGGAGGCAGGCUGCAAGGAGACCUUGGAUCCAACCCAUCUAGACUUAAUGACUCAACCAGGUACUUCAAGGAAAUAUCUGAGCCCUUCAGUUGAAGAAAGUUAAAAGGCAGUGACAAAAGGCGUUGGAUAUUAGUCUAGAAAAUGACAGAGGACUAGAUUCCAGAGGAGAGCCCAGACCAGGACAAGUUUACUUUGCUGAGCAUUUAUUCCAUGAACUGCAUGUGUGUGUUUAAAUGCUAAAGCAAUGCUAGUUCUGCAUGGUUGGGUUGGGGUGGGGAGGACUUGCUUUGAAUGAGUGGUCUGUGGCUUAAAGAAAGUUAACAGUUGAAUUUUUUGUGUAAAGCCUUAGAAGUCCUCUUGGGGGAGGGGAGGGGGGAAUUUUUCUCAGAGCCUGUAGGGGUGUGAAGUUUUUCUUUUUCUUGAGACUGCAAUUGUGCAAGGAAAAUUUAGGAAGAAGCCUGAAAAAGAGGAAUGGGAAGGCUCCUGUGGUACAAGCUGGACAUCUGCUUCAAAAGCAUUGUAGUGGUCAGCGUAGUGCAUUCGUUAAGCAGAGAGAGGCAGGAUGAGACACAUUCACCUAUGAGAAGGUAGUAGGGUUGGUGCUGAGGUUAUGACUGGGGUAUGCCCCAGUGUUCGAUGAAGCGUGUCCUGCUAAAGCAAUUACGUCACCAGGUUAUGAAUUGGUCCAGGGUACUUUUUUUUUUUCCUGAGGGAAAAUGAAAUACGUAGUUAACGUGGAAAAGGGAGCCAAGUUUUCUAACACACUACUAGCUGCUAUGCAGCCACACGCGUACGCUUGGUGAAAUACUCAUUUCCAAGUGAAUUGCUUCCUUGACUAGAGUAUUCCCUUAGAGAACUGGAACAACUGGAUGUGUGCGGAGGAUUCGAGCAGACAGCAGAAGAGUGGGAGAGAAGUUAAGCGGUGUACUGCCAGAGCGAGGAAGGGUUACGUUUCUGAAUUGGAAAGCAAAAUUUGCCUUUGAGAACUUGCACUACAGAGCUGUAGGUGGAGCCUGUCUUUCAAAACUGAAACUUGGGAGUUGUGUUUUGCCAGAAGUCUUUCUUCCAUUUGUCAAAAUGGGAAGAUUAUUACUUUUCAUCACUUGAAAUACAGAUACUUGCUAACUUUUGGUUACCAAAGAAUAAGUUACAGUUACUUUCCUUUUUGAUUUGCCUGCAGUAUUUCUCUCUUUUUUAACCUUCAUAAUUUAGUGAGGUUCGUCUUUAUUGUAUAUUUUACAGAUAAUAAAAACAUUUAACAGUUUUCCAAUUGUAAAGAAGACCAUUAAUUAAAACUGAAAUAUUGGCUGGAGUUUUUGGUUCUUAGUAGGAAUUUUGCAUCAUUUGAUGGCGUGCGCAGUUUUUGUAUUGUUUGUAAAUAUUGAAAGUUGUUAAAAUAUCUUUUGAUCUCCCUACCGUAGAAUUUAUACAUUUUUAGAUUGCUUUCAAGAAGAAAAAGCACUCUUUGUAGAUUAUUUAUUUUAGAGAAAUAUGCUUGUAAUCUCUUUCUUCAAUCCUUUACUUGUUAGUAAUGUAAAUUUCAGGGGCCUUUGUUUAACUCUUCCCUUCACAAGAGGGGAAUAGUGAUGAAAAUGCUGUGACUUUGCUUCAAUAAAGAAAAAGGCUGCCAGUUGCCAUAUUGUCUUUUGAGUUGAUUACAAUCUCCUUCAAAAGAUGUGUCCCGCAGUGUAUGGCAGCCAACUGAAUGCCAUAAACCGUGCAUCCAGCUACUAAUCUCCAGUUUUCAUUCACUGUAGAGGCAACUAAAGCAUACUUACAUAUCCAUCCCAUUUUGGCAUCUCAAUGCUGAGACUAAAAAACCUGAAAUAAUCCUAAGCUUUUUGCAGUAUCAUUUGUGAGUGUUUCUACUGCUUCUCUCUUACUUGCAACCUGUCCCAGAAAACUAAAAUUCUUGGAGAACCAGAUUAUAAGCAGUGUGAGUGAGAAGUGAAGUGGAGAAGGUGAAUCCAGCUGCGCUCACUGGAAUGAAGGUGGGAUUAAGUGGUGCACAGCAAACUUUCUACCAUUUUUGCAUGCUAAAUAUAUUUAAAGAACUAUUGGAUUUUUUUAAUUAAAUGAAAAUGUAAUUGGAUAAAGUA